CUGUAAUCUGGAAGCGCCUCCAAAGUCAGGAUAGGACAAGCAGGAGGCAGGAGAGUAAGUGAAAUGACUUCAGCAGUACUGGUGGAUAUACGAGAUGAGGUGACCUGCCCUGUCUGCCUGGAGCUCCUGAUGGAACCCAUGAGCCUAGACUGUGGGCACAGCUUCUGCCAAGGCUGCAUCACAGGGAACAGCAAGCAGGCAGAGCUGAACCAUGAAAAGAAAAGCACCUGUCCCGUGUGCCGGACCAGCUACCAGCCGGGGCACCUCCGGCCCAACCGGCACCUGGCCAGCAUAGUAGAGCGACUCCGAGAGGCAGUGUUGGACCCUGAAAAGCAGCUGAAGGUAAAUCUUUGUGACUACCAUGGAGAGAAACUUCAGCUCUUCUGUAAGGAGGAUGGGAUGGUCAUUUGCUGGCUUUGUGAGCGAUCCCAGGAGCACCGAGGUCACCACACGUUCCUUGUGGAAGAGGCUGCCCAGGAAUACCAGGAGAUGUUCCAGGAGUCUUUGAAAAGGCUGAAGAAAGAACAAGAAGAAGCAGACAAACUAACAGAUGUUGUCAGAAAGAAGAAGGCAUACUGGCAGAGUCAAGUGGAACCUGAGAGGCAUAGAAUCCAGAAACAGUUUAAUCAACUCAGAAGCAUUCUGGACAAAGAAGAGCAGAGGGAACUAAAAAAACUGGAGGAAGAAGAACGGAAAGGACUGACUAUCAUAGAAGAGGCUGAAGAUGAGCUGGUCCAGCAGAGCCAGGCACUCAGAGAGCUCAUCUCAGAUCUGGAGCUUCGGUGUCAGGGGUCAGCAAUGGAGUUGCUUCAGAAUGUGAAUGAUGUCACGCAAAGGAGUGAGUCAUGGACCCUGAAUAAGCCGAAAGAUCUUCCUACUAAGCUGAGAAGUUCAUUUCGAGCUCCCGAUCUGAAAAAGAUGCUUCGAGUAUUUAGAGAGCUGACAAAUGCCCAAAGCUUCUGGGUGGAUGUGACUCUGAAUCCACAGACGGCUAAUUUAAAUCUGCUUCUGUCUAGAAACCUGAGGCAGGUGAGAUUUGUGGGUGAUAAGCUACCUGGGCCUUCCUAUCUGAGAGAGCAUUAUGACUGUAGUGUCCUGGGCUUCCAGAACUUUUCCUCAGGAAAACAUUACUGGGAGGUAGAUGUGACCAACAAGACUGACUGGGUCUUGGGUGUAUGCAGUAACUCACUGGUGCCUGAAUCUUCUUUCUACCCAUACACCAAUAAUCAGAAUGUUUUCACCGGCUAUCAACCUCAAAGUGGAUACUGGGUGAUUGGCUUAAAGCAUAAUCAUGAAUAUAGAGCCUACGAGGACUCUUCUACUUCUCUACUUCUCCUCAUUACUGUGCCUCCUCGGCGUGUUGGGGUUUUCUUAGACUAUGAGGCUGGCAUUGUCUCCUUUUAUAAUGUCACAAAUCAUGGCCUUCCCAUCUACACCUUCUCUAAGUACUAUUUUCCAACUCCCCUUUGUCCAUAUUUUAAUCCUUGUAACUGUGUAGUUCCAAUGACUCUGCGUUACCCUUGCUCUUGA